AGGAUAAUGGCACCAAGAAGACGCCCAUGACUACAUAUGAAACCGCGGAUAUCGCCAUUGGAGAAAGCAGCCACCAUUGAUUCGAAUAACUCUCCGUAUCUCGAGUUUCGGGCAAAUGUACCAAAUACAAAUGAUUCUAUACUGCCUGUCCACACGUUUGGGGUGUGGUUUUGGCGUUGUCUUCACUUUGGUUGAAGCAGGUGUACGUCAAUUUUUCUUCAUGCGAUAUCUCAGCGUGGCUAUUGCUUCGUUCGUAGUGCAAUUGAUCAGUUACCCCGUCGGAUACUUUGCAAAGGCGUUGCCUAUCAUGAAGGUCCGCGUUCUUGGUCGGGAAUGCUGCAUUGUUCUAAACCUCGAAUCGCGGUGCAAACCCUAUUAUCGACGGCUGAGAAAUUUUUGGGUAUUAGUUCUUCAUGUACGCUUCUAUCGGAGUCCUCUGCUGGUACUGGCUUCCCGAGUACAUUCUCACGAGGCUCGGUAUCUUUGCUUUUAUCUGCUGGGCAGCUCCAAGUAUGUUUCCAUUCAUUUCCUCUGGACAUCUCACUGCACUAGCAUGUCAAAUCAGACAACAAGAUGGUCAAUGACUUGGCAUGACGACCGGACAGGCCUUGGUUAUCUUCCUACGACAUUCGACUAGAGUCAGAUCACAUACAGCACUUGGUCUGCGUAUAGGUUGUCGUGUCACCAAUACCCUAUUACAACAAUACCUAGUACACUUCAUGUCUUCCGAUAUGGCUCCGACACAUAUGACAACACCGGCUUCCCUUGUACGGAGAACUGUUCAUAGUCAGUCAAUUGGCCAAUCAACAUGGCGGGUUCCUGCGGGGGUGGCGAGGCUGUUCUUAUUGGCCAAA